AUUACGACGACAGAUCCGUCGUCUCCGAUAAAAAUGUCCAGGAAGUGAAUUUACCCUUUUUCGUAAAUUUAACAAAGGUUAGAUCCUCUUUAAGUAAAAUCACAUUCCUCUUCCAUUUAUAAUUAACAAACUUUCAUUUUGUUUUAGAACCAAAUCUUCUACGAAACUUACUCCUUUUCUUUUCUCUCUCACUGACAAAGAGAACCCCAGAGUCUCCGCUAAAGAUUGAAUGUACAUGUUGGAGUGGUUGUGGUGAUGGGGAAGGGGAGACCUAGGGCAGUUGAAACUGGGCAAAACUUGAGUGUUUCAUCGAAUGGGUCAUUGAAUAUACCGUCGGGGCCUGUGUAUUACCCUAGUGAGGAGGAGUUUAGGGACCCAUUAGAGUAUAUUUAUAAGAUCAGGCCAGAGGCUGAGCCGUAUGGAAUUUGUAAGAUUGUUCCACCUAAAAAUUGGAACCCUCCAUUUGCAUUGAAUGUGGAUUCUUUUACUUUUCCUACGAAAACACAAGCGAUUCAUCAGUUGCAGGCUCGCCCUGCUUCUUGCGAUUCCAAGACUUUUGAGUUGGAGUAUAAUAGGUUCUUGGAAGGGCAUUGUGGUAAGAAGUUGAAAAAGAGGGUGGUGUUUGAAGGAGAGGAGUUGGAUUUGUGUAAAUUGUUUAAUGCAGUGAGGAGAUAUGGGGGUUAUGAUAAGGUCGUACAGGACAAGAAGUGGGGGGAGGUUUUUAGGUUUGUGAGGUCAGGGAAGAAGAUUUCGGAGUGUGCUAAGCACGUGUUGUGUCAGAUGUAUAGAGAGCAUUUGUAUGAUUAUGAGGGUUAUUAUAAACGGUUGAACCGGGAGAGGGCAAGGAGUUGCAAGAGAGGGAUUCAUGAGGAUCCAAAGAAUGAAAAUAAGGUUAAAAUUUCUAGCUCCAAGAGGAGACGGAAGAAUAGUGACCAUGAGAAAGCUAAAGUCUGUAAGGUAGAGGAGGAGGAAGAGCUUGACCAGAUAUGCGAACAAUGCAGAAGUGGGUUGCACGGGGAAGUGAUGCUAUUAUGUGAUAGAUGUAAUAAGGGGUGGCAUAUAUAUUGUCUAUCACCACCAUUGAAGCAGGUCCCACCAGGUAACUGGUAUUGCUUUGAGUGCCUGAAUUCUGAUAAGGAUAGUUUUGGUUUUGUGCCUGGCAAACGGUUUACGUUGGAAGCUUUUAGGCGUUUGGCUGAUCGAGCCAAGAAGAAAUGGUUUGGAUCAGGGUCUGCUUCAAGGGUACAGAUAGAGAAAAAGUUUUGGGAGAUAGUAGAGGGAUCAGCAGGUGAGGUUGAAGUUUUAUAUGGCAGUGAUCUGGAUACUUCUGUUUAUGGGAGUGGUUUUCCACGUUUGAAUGACCAAAGGCCAGAAUCUGUUGAUCUUAAGGCAUGGGAUGAAUACUGUAGGAGCCCAUGGAAUCUCAAUAACUUGCCCAAGUUGAGAGGGUCAAUGUUGCGGGCUGUUCAUCAUAAUAUUACUGGUGUCAUGGUUCCCUGGCUGUAUGUUGGGAUGCUAUUCUCAGCUUUCUGCUGGCAUUUUGAAGAUCAUUGUUUUUACUCAAUGAAUUACCUGCACUGGGGAGAGCCCAAAUGUUGGUACAGUGUCCCUGGUAGUGAAGCUAGCGCUUUUGAGAAGGUGAUGCGGAAUUGUCUUCCUGAUCUAUUUGAUGCACAACCUGACUUGCUUUUUCAGCUUGUUACCAUGUUGAAUCCAUCUGUCUUGCGAGAAAAUGGUGUUCCAGUCUAUAGCGUGCUACAGGAGCCAGGAAAUUUUGUCAUUACAUUCCCUAGAUCUUAUCAUGGAGGAUUCAACUUGGGUUUAAAUUGUGCAGAGGCUGUAAAUUUUGCUCCUGCUGAUUGGUUACCACAUGGUGGGUCUGGAGCGGAGCUGUAUCAACUAUAUCAUAAAGCUGCUGUGUUAUCUCACGAGGAGCUUCUUUGUGUGGUGGCCAAGAGUGGUUGGGAUAGCAAAGCAGCAGCUUAUUUGAGAAAAGAAUUGCUCAGAAUAUAUACUAAAGAAAGGACAUGGAGGGAGAGGCUAUGGCAAAGUGGCAUAAUAAGAUCAUCUCUCAUGUCUCCUCGGAAAUCUCCUGAAUUUGUGGGUACUGAAGAGGAUCCAAUGUGCAUCAUAUGUAAGCAGUAUUUAUAUCUUUCUGCUGUUGUUUGCCGCUGCAGGCCAUCUGCUUUUGUGUGCGUGGAGCACUGGGAACACCUUUGUGAGUGCAAAUCCAGGAAACUUCAUCUUCUUUAUCGUCAUACUCUGGCAGAAUUGGCUGAUUUGAUGCUUAUAGUGGAUAAACAUGCUUCUGAGGAGAUACCACCAAGUGAUAGUUUACAAAAGAAGAAUAUCUCAUGUUCCAAUGAAUUGAAUGUUUCAAAAAAGAAGGUGAAGGAUGCCCAUAUUACUCAUGCUCAACUUGCAGAACAAUGGCUUUCCCACUCGCGUAGGAUUUUACAGAGUCCUUUUUCAGGUGAUGCAUAUACUAAUCUGUUGAAGGAAGCAGAACAGUUUCUCUGGGCUGGUUCAGAGAUGGAUUCAGUUCGGAAUGUAGUAAAGAAUCUAACUGAAGCUCAGAAAUGGGCACAAGGAAUAGGAGACUGCCUUUCUAAAAUUGAAAACUGGUCUCCUGGAGGUGGUUUAGAGAAAGUGCCACUUAAAUUGGUUAACAAAUUGCUUACUGUUGAUCCUGUGCCUUGUAAUGAGCCGGGGUAUCUCAAGUUGAAGGAGUGCGCUGAAGAGGCUAGUUUGUUGGUUCAGGAUAUUGAUGCUGCUCUAUCAAAAUGCUCUACGAUCAAUGAGUUGGAGUUAUUGUAUUCAAGAGCUUGCAGCUCACCGAUCCAUGUGAAAGAAAGUGAGAUGUUAUCACAAAAAAUCUCUUUGGCAAAGGUCUGGAUAGACAGCGCAAGAAAAUUUAUCUCAGAUAAACGUCCUGCAGCAAUUGAGGUUGACAUUCUUCACAAGUUAAAAUCAGAGAUAUUGGAGCUUCAUGUCCAAGUUCAGGAAAUGGAAAUUCUUUUUGAUUUAUUAAGCCAGGCUGAAUCAUGUCAGACCCGGUGUAGAUCAGUAUUGGAUGGCUCUGUUACUCUAGAGGAUGUUGAAGUGCUUCUUCAAGAAAUGGAGAGUUUCACUGUUAACAUACCAGAGUUGAGACUUCUCAAGCAAUACCAGAUUGAUGCUUCUUUGUGGAUUGCACGUUAUGAUAAUAUUAUGAAGAAUGUCCAUCAGCGUGAGGAUCAACAAAAUGUUAUUGAAGAGUUAAAUUGCAUUUUAGAAGAUGGAGCAUCUUUGAAGAUUCAAGUCGACGAGUUGCCGCUUGUGAAGAUUGAGUUGAAGAAGGCUUGUUGCAGGGAAAAGGCAUUGAAGGCAUGUGAUACAAAAAUGGCUUUGGACCUUCUUCAGCAACUGUUGGCAGAGGCUGUUGUAUUGCAGAUUGAGAGAGAGGAGUUAUUUCUGGGGUUUUCUAGAGAACUUGCUGGUGCUCUGCAGUGGGAGGAAAGAGCAAAGAAUGUACUUGCAUGCAAGGCAGAGAUGUCUGAAUUUGAGGAUCUUAUAAGGACAUCGGAGGACAUAGUUGCUAUUACCCCUUCUUUAGGUGAAGUCAAAGAUGCAAUAUCAGCGGCAAAGUCCUGGUUAAACAAUGCCAAGCCAUUUUUAGGAUCUGAUUUUUCUGGGUUUUCUGCAUCUUGUUCUUUGCUGAAACUUGGGGAUCUGAAGGAGUUGGUUUCUCAGUCGAGGUUUCUUAAGAUAAUGUUGGAGGAGCAAAGUGUGCUUGAAACAGUUCUAAAAAAUUGCAUGGAAUGGCAGCGGGAGGCCUUUUCUGUACUGCAAGAUGUGGAGUGCCUAUAUGGUGUGACUGACAUUGGUGAUGGUAGGAGCAAUGGUCUUAUUUCAAAAAUAGAAAGUCUUCUUACCUUACUUGAAUCUGUCACAAAAGCUGGUUUAUCUCUUCGUGUGGAUUUUCCUGAGACUCCAAAGCUUCAAAAUGCUUGUUCUACUCUGCGAUGGUGCAAUCAAGUUCUUUCUUUUUGCUAUUUGAUUCCUUCUUAUGAGCAUGUUGCGAGUGUGAUGGACAUUGCAGGCCAACUUUCUAUCACGUGUUCUUCAGGGAAUCUGUUGAGUUCAUUAAUUUUUGGAGCAAAAUGGCUUAAGAAUGUCUCUGAGGUGAUUUCUGCACCCUCUAAGUGUAAAGCAUGCAAGUUGACUGAUGCUGAAGAAAUGCUCACUGAAUAUCAGGGUAUUAGCAUCUCCUUCCCAAUGGUGGUUGCACAACUUACAGAUGCUACCUGCCAACAUAGGUUGUGGCAAGAACAAGUGCAUCAGUUUUUUGGUUUAGAGUUGGCGGAGCGGUCUUGGUCUCAAAUAGUGCAGCUCAAGGAGCAUGGGAAAGCUUCAUUUUUUACAUGUGCAGAGCUAGAUAUGGUCUUGUCUGAAGUUGAAAAGGUUGAAAAGUGGAAGCAACGCUGCAUGGAUGCUGUAGCAAACUUUGCUGGAGAUGAGAACACACUGCUUGGUGCCUUACAGAAGAUCAAAGAGUCCCUCGAUAGAUCUUUGUAUGCAUAUGAAAAGUCACAGGGUUGUGAAGGAGUAUGUCUUUGUAUGUGCUGUGCAAAUGGUUCUGAAGAUUUGGAGUUUUUAGCAUGUUCAACAUGCAAGGACUGCUACCAUUUGCAGUGCAUAGGAUGCAGAAAUCAUGCUGAAGUGUAUGUAUGCUCUUAUUGUCAGCUUCUCAUGGGUGGAUCAAUACCUAACAAAGGAGGUGGCAUCUUGAGGCAUAAUGGCAAGUAUUCGGACGUGAAGCUUCUAUCUGAACUUGUAUCUAUUGAUGAAAACUUUUGUGUAAGGAUUGAAGAGAGAGAUAAAUUACAACAAAUUGUGGACCAAGCUUAUGCUUGCAGAACAUGCUUGACACAGAUAGUGGAUUUUGAAAUGUCUUACUAUGAUAAACAUCUCAGUGUUGUCGGCAAAAAACUCACUACUGCAUUGAAGGCUAUUGGAGUGGCAGGUGUAUAUGAUCAUCAAAGUUAUUGUGAUCUUGAGCGGGCAUUAGCAAGACACUCAUGGAGAGUCCGAGUUUCUAGAUUGUUAGAUGCUUUAGAGAAGGGUUUGGAGAAGCCUUCAAUCCAACAGAUUCAACGGCACCUGAAAGAGGGAGAGGCGAUGAACAUUUUACCUGAAGAUUACUUCAGACUGAAACUUUCUGAAUUGAAGGACAUUGGAUUGCAGUGGGCAGAUCGUGCUAAGAAGGUUGCAGCAGAUUCUGGGGCACUUGGCUUAGAUGGAGUUUAUGAACUUAUUGCAGAGGGGGAAAGUUUGCCAGUUUGCUUAAAAGGAGAAAUGCAGUUAUUAAGAGCUCGAAGUAUGCUUUAUUGCAUUUGUCGAAAGCCCUAUGAUGAGAGAUCAAUGAUUGCUUGUGGUCAGUGUGGUGAGUGGUACCACAGUAAAUGUGUUAAAUUACUUUACCCACCAAAGGUUUAUAUCUGUGCAGCAUGUAUGCCUGGGACUGAAAACCUGGUGUUCACUUUACGUCCAUCAGAUCAUGAGAGAUCAACAUAUGCGAAAUCUGUGGAGCCGAAAACCCCCUCUCCUCGACAUGCGAAACCAAGAAUGGUGAAGAAAUCCGAGUGUAGUCGCACUCAAAAAAUGCUUGCAAUUACAAAUAGGGAUGGUAAUUUUGGUCGUUCCAAUGGGAUAGAUCGUUUGUGGUGGCGAAAUCGGAAGCCUUUUAGAAGAGUAGCUAAAAAACGUGCUGAGCUUGAUAGCCUUUCUUCAUUUUUCCAUAGACAAUCACCAUCACAACAAUAGAUCGUUAGCACGUAGCAACUCAAUUUUAGCAGUUAGCGAUCAUUUCAUUGAUUCAAUUGAUUCUUGUGGCUUAAGCCCUGUAAUUUUUGCCAGCCCAAUAAUCAAUGAUCGGCAAUUGUCACCUUGUCCUGGUUUCUUGCUUCU